CGGCUAUGUUUAUUUUCUCAAUUUACUUUAAAAAAAUAACAAAGAGUGCAAAUUUCUCGUAUUUUUCUCACAAGUGCAGCAGUUUUCGUUGCCGCAACACACAUUUUCGAUAAAUUGACCGAAUUAAAUUGAAAAAGAACUCAUUUUAAAUUAGUUGAGUGAUUCAAGCUUAACUGAUUCGAUUCUGCUUUAAUACUUGAGAGGGUCUCAAAAAGAGGGCCAAAUUUAAAGUUUUUAUAAAUUUAAAAAGUUAAACAUUAAUUUAAAAUUUAAAGUUUUGAUUGAUUAAGUGCGAUUUUAUUAGUUUAUGGAUAUUAGACAGGCUUUUAAGGCACUGAACAUCAAAUGACCUCUAAAGAUUCGAGAAAAAGUUGAAAAACAUCAUCAAGCACUUUAUUGACACUCCUUUGACAGUUAGAUUCAUUAAUUAUGUACGCUGAAGAGCAAGGUCAGCCAAAACAAGAUGACCAAAAUUAUCAAGAUGUCAACGAUGAAGAAAGUGAAGAUGAGAAGGAUGCUGAGUGUACAAAUGUUCCAGCCUUAGUUAUUUGUGUUAUUUUUGUGGCUGUUAUGCUCGGUUUUGUCAUUUACUGUGGAAAAAAUGCUGACUUUGAACUUCUUAAACUGCCAACGGAUGAUUGUGGCAAUGUUUGCGGUGAAAUGAAUGUUGGAAGCUUUGUGCCGGUUUCUCAAAAUUGUACAGCACAAGACAUGCGAAAAUAUCCAAAACUAGUAAAAACAAUCAGCAAAACAUCAAAAAUCAAAAGGAAUAAAUGUGUCGAAAAGUGCCCAGACAACUACACAGAGACACUUAAUCGAUGUGUCAAACCUGGCCAAACAUUUACAGACAUUCAACAAACUCGGCAAUCAUUUGCUGAUUCUUGGUACCUGAUUAUGAUUGUCUGCUUUGUUGCCUUCGUAUUUUCCUAUAUUUGUCUGCUGUUAUAUCGAUAUUAUGCCAAAUAUGUCAUUUGGAUCAUCAACAUUGGAUUUAUUAUAUUCACAAUUGCACUUGGGUCAUUUUUCCUGUUUAUUAUGAAAGACAUGAAGACUGGAUUGCUAAUUUAUCUCCUCGGCUUGAUAUCAAUUAUUGUUUUGAUCAUAUUUAGGAAGGAAAUAGCUUUGGUAGCAGCAAUUUUUAAGGAAUCGUCGAAAGCUUUGAUGGAUGUACCUGCAAUCAUGUUUGAGCCGAUUUUGACUUUCAUCGCACUUCUAGUCUCAUUCGUAGCUUUCAUCUUUUUCAUAAUCCUAAUCCAAGCAGCAGCAAUGACCAACUUUAAAGAUGAAAAAUACUCUUCAGUACUGCUUGCUACUCACAUUCUCAACACAAUUGGCUUCAUCUGGUUCACACAAUUCAUCUUUGGAUGUCAGCACUUUAUCAUCGCUGGGACGGUCAGCAAGUGGUAUUUCAGUCGUGACAAGAGCAAGCUAGACUCGCCAAUUUGUUCAAGUUUCAAGCAACUUACUAGAUUUCAUCUGGGUAGUAUUUGCUUGGGAUCGAUGUUGAUAACGCUGGUAAAGAUCUUGAAGAUGAUUGUCAAUGCUAUCAAAAAAUCCAUCGAAAAAGACUCAGAAAGCUCGGUCGCCGUGUUCCUAGCUUGUUUAUGCUCUUGCAUAGUUGACAUGCUAGACAAAGCACUUCAGUAUCUCGUCCGUAAUGCAUACAUCAUCAUAGCACUUGAUGGAACUCCAUUCUUUGAGUCUGGCAAGCGAGCAUUUCAUUUGCUGAAGGAUAAUCUGGAUCAUUGCUACUCAGUCAAUCAGUUUGGUGAUAUUGUUCUGGCUGUUUGUAGAUUCUUAGUUACUUUGAUUGCUGGAUUUGUUGCUUAUGAGAUUUUGAAACGACCCGGCUUAGAAGAUCUAAUGUUCUUCCCACUACUUGUAGCUAUCAUCUUUGCCUUCUUUAUCGCUCACUGCUUCGUUACUGUCUUUGAAAUGACAGUUGAUACUGUCUUUAUUUGCUACUGCAUCGAUAUUGAAGAAAAUGAUGGCGAGGAGAAUCCUUACUACAUGUCAGACAAGUUGAGGAGUGUUAUGAUGGGGAUGGAAAAUCCUAACGAUGGAAAUUCGGAAGAUGAUGAUGGAAACAACAUGGCUAUGCAGCCACAACCUUAUCCAGGACAACCAAUGCCUGAUCAACAGCCAUAUUAUCCAGAUCAACCUAGUUACCCUGGACAGCAACCUGGAUAUCAAGAUCCAGGAUAUUCUGCACCUCAGCAACCUUAUCCUGGUCCACAGCAACCUUAUCCUGAUCCGAAUCAGCAACCAUUUUAUCCUCAACAUCCAGGAUAUCCUGGUCAACAACCAGCCUAUUCUGGUCAACAACCUCAAUAUCCUGUCCAACAACCUCAAUAUCCAGGGCAAGGUCCAAUGUAUCCUAAUAUUUCAGACCAAAAUCCAUCAUAUCCACCAAUGAGUGGUCCAGAUUCAACAGAUCCUCCUCAACCUUAUCCUGCUCAAUACCCUGGACAACAGCCACCUUAUCAAGGUCAACAACCACCUUAUCCCGGUCAACAACCACCUUAUCCAGGUCAACAACCACAAUUUCCAGCACAACAGCCACAGUACCCUGGUCAAGCUCCAUAUCCAGAUCAACCACCAUAUUCAGUUCCAUCAAUGCCUCAACAACAACCUUUUGGUCAAGUAAAUUAUCCUCAAGCUCAAGCUGGAUAUCCACCACAACAAGGAUAUGGACCUGGUCCAACUUACCCACAGCAGCCGCCCUACUAAAAUAUUUAAAUAGGGGUCAAUGGCUUCAUAGCUUAUGCAUUAAUUUACGUUUGUACAGCUGCCAAAAAUGAGUAUACUGAAUUGAUAAGACAUUAAGGACUAGCUCAAAACUGCUGACAAUAUUGAUAAUGUUUUUUUUGAAUCUAUUUUGAAUCUCGAAGAAAUAAAGUUUAGCUUUUAUAAAAAUUGAGUGAAAAUGUGAUUAUUUUUUUGGGUUUAGAUACGGAGUUGGGGUUAAGUUUUGUCUGACUGGGCGA